UAAUCUGUGUAAGUACAUGAAAGAAAAAAUGAGGUGAAUGAACUUUUUUAGUUUUCUUUUGUGUUCCCGUGAGAUGAUUAUUUGUAUUUUAUUAUUGGUUUGUGAUUUUAAUUUUGGACAUGGAGAGACAAAGUAAUAGACUAACUUGAGACUGUUUAUUCCAGACUGCUUGUAUUUUCGACUUGAUUGACGACCUCUAGUACUGAUCUAAUUUACCGUUAGACUGUGAUCAUGAACAAUUGGAACCAAAGCAUGCGAAAUGACGACCGCAAUGACGAUAAACCUCCUUACUCGAGGAUAUUCGUAGUGUGCAGUAAGCAGUUAAGGGUGGAAGACUUGAGACCGGCCUUCGCCGUGUUCGGGCUCAUUGAAGAUAUUCACAUGCCCAGGGACCGUAACACUGGGGAGUCUAAGGGCAUAGCAUACAUUAAAUAUAGUAAGACUUCCUCCGCCGCCACUGCCAUUAAGGAGAUGCACUUAAAAACCAUCCAGAACAGUAACAAACCCAUCCGAGUAAUGGUAGCUACAAACAAAAAUGACAGCCACAACACUAACGAGGAGAAGUACAAGCGGCUCUUUAUUAAAGUGCAUAAAGAAGUUACUGAGAGUGAAUUAAGACAACACUUCUCAGAAUUUGGGCAUGUGGACACAAUCCACCUGCAGCGGGACAAACUCACUGAUGAGUGCAGGGGAUUUGCUUAUGUUAAUUAUACUACAUUUCUUGAUGCAGCCCGAGCAUUUGAAGAAUGUGAUAGGAAAUAUAAACCAAUAUUUGCAACACCCAAGGAAGAAUUGAAAAGGAGUAGAAAUAGUUUAGAGAAUUUCACUGAAAGUUUUCAUUCUAGCAACUCAAGUAUUAUUAAAGAUAAUUAUAAUGACCACUAUGGUCAGUCAAGAGGAGAAAUGCACAAGAGAGAUAGUAUGACUUCACUUAUCAAAGCCAAACCCCAUGACUAUGACACUGUCUGUGUGACUUGCAGCCCACAAGUACCACAGAAGUAUAUUGAUAGACUAUUUAACAUCAUACCAGGAAUGAUUUCAUGUAAAUAUUCAGCAGAUUCAUUUAAUGGCUAUUGUAAGGCAAUCAUAACAUAUGAUGAUGAAAAAUCUGCAUUUCAUGCUGUUGAGAGACUAAACAAUUUUGAAUUUCCUUCUGGAGAAAUUAUAUCUGUAAAACCUGAAAAUAAUCCACUUUCCAAGGCAGCCAGUAACCUUUCUAACAUUGUAAACAGUUUUAAAAAUGCCAUAGAUACAGCUAAUCCUGACUUGGUACAGCUUGCAGAGGCAAUCGCCCAAGCUUCGACUUUGAUAAAAGCUGCUACAUCAGGGCCUGGUAUGAGAGAGACAAAAUCAGAAGGACAUUCAACAGAUUUCUGCAGUGUUCACCUGCCUCCUCCACAACCACUAGCUAGCAGUAACAGCCGUGUGGCCCAGAGAUGUUUCUUGGUCUUCAAGCCUCACCCCCCACCGGUGGCAAUAUUGAAAGAUGCAUUUUGCCGUUUUGGAGAUCUUAUUGACGUGUCUACAUUCCCUAACAAAACAUUUGGGUUUGCCAAGUAUGCAUCCAUAAGGGCAGCUCAGGAAGCAAUAAAAACACUCCAUGGGGCAACUUUGUGCGACAUAAAGCUGAAAGUGUUGGAGGCAGAUGAGAGACCAUCCAAAGAUGACAAGAUAAACCCUGAUGAUGAGAGCAGUGUAGAUCACAAUACUGACCGAAAGAGAAUUAAAUUACAUGACGGAGACUCUAGCAUGAGUUAGGGACAAAGCAUGAUACUCCACUUCUUUGAUAUUAUAAGUACAGAUCUGACAGCUGUUGUAAAUGUUGUUAAAAGAUAGAACACACUUUUCUUUAUUAUUAAUUCUUUAUUAACAAUCGGUUCUAUUGACUGACUUACAGAAUGAUUAAUUUUAACCAUGAUUUGACCAUAUUAAUUUGGAAUGUGAAGACAAUUUUUUAUUUAAUGAAAUUUUUACAAAAUUAUACAUUUACAACAUAAUUCUACAAUGAACUUAACACUGUACUACACAAAUAUUUAUUUUCGUUACAAAAGAUUUGAAUAUGAGUUUUGCAAGAAAAUUAAUUUGUUGAUGAACUAAAUAAAUUAUCAAAACAAAAAAUACUGUUUUUAUAUUUGUAGCAAAUAUGGUCAGUAAUGAGAUUACUCACAGAUUAUUCGGACUAUGAUAGUUAUAUGGCCUACAGCCUGAUUAUGCACAAGGAACAUCCCCUGUUUAAAAACAUACAAUAUCCUAAAAUCUUAAUUACAUACACUUAAAGCUACUAUAAAAAUCACAAUAAUAUAAUCAAAACUCACUGGACCCUAACUUUUUAACAUGUUAAUUUGUAUCAAUCCAGAACAUUGUAAUAUUUGAAAUUAAUGAAACAAAGUAACACCUUUUU